AUGUCUACCAUCAAGGUCGACCUCUCCGCUCCCAUCUACCCUUCCGACGGCACCGGUAUAGUGCCUAACAAGCCCAACGAGCGCGUAGAGCCAGAUGACGAGAUCCUCCGCGCGCUCAGUCAUGCGCUAAACCGCAAGAUGCGUGAGGCCGCCAAGGCCGGCAUUAUCGCUCUGCGUGACGAACUCGGUACUGCCGAGUACGAUUUCGUGGGUAAUCUGCCUUCCGGCUAUACCUACGUUAGAAGAGGCCGGGCAGCCCCCGAUACCCGUCGCGAUAUCCGUAUCUACGGACAUCCUUCGGGUGGGUUCUUUGAAUCUGGGGCUAAGUUUAUGCCUCAUGUCGUCGCUAUGAUGAUGCUUUACCCUUCUUACUGUUGCUGCAAGUUGUGUGAGCAGAUGAGAGCUAUAGACGCUAGAGCCUAG